AUGGGUUUAUUACAGAAAGUUGUCAAAAAUGAGGCAAUGAAGCAGGAUCCUCCCCAGAUCUAUGGAUGGAAGGUCUUUUUCUUGUCUGCCAGUGCAUGUUUUGGAGGAAUGCUGUUUGGCUGGGAUAUUGGCUCAAUUGGAGGAAUCCUUGUUAUGCCGUCUUUCAUGAAGUGCGUUACGGUGCCGAGACAUAUGUCGAUGGGCAAUGAACUAAUCGGGUACAGAGCUUAUGGUAUUGCAAAGUUGAGUGCUAAGGACAGAGCAAACUUGCAGAGCAACAUCGUUAGUACACUCCAAGGAGGAUGUUUCUUUGGAUCCUUGAUUGCAUAUUACAUUGCAGAUAGGUGGGGUCGAAAGCCCGCGUUGUUGAUUGCAUCAAUGGUUACAAUCCUAGGUAUAAUAGUUCAAUGUUCUUCAGACGGGCAUGUUGCUGCACUCUAUGUCGGCCGUCUCGUAGCAGGAUUGGGUGUUGGAGCUGCUAGCAUGCUCACGCCUCUCUACGUUUCUGAAAACGCGCCUCGCGCAAUUCGUGGCGGAUUGACCGGUCUUUAUCAGCUAUUCAUUGCAACGGGCACUAUGCUGAGUUUCUGGACUAACUAUGGAACCUUGGGGAAUCUCAAAGGGAACGCUCAAUGGCAGGUUCCACUGGCACUUCAAGCUCUUCCCGCUCUCGCGCUUUUCUUCGGUCUCGUCCUCUGUAACGAAUCGCCAAGAUGGUUGGCCAGACAAGACAAUUGGGACAAGGCUACAACAGUCUUGACGAGACUCAGGAACUUGCCCGUAGACCAUGAAUACAUCCACAUGGAAUUGGAAGAAAUGAGAGAGCAACUGGAGAACGAGCGACUUUUGAUUGGGGGAGCUACUUUCAUCGACCUUCAGAAAGAGAUGUGGUUGAUCAAGGGAAACAGAAACAGAGCUCUCACUUCGAUCGGACUCAUGAUCUGUCAGCAGAUGACCGGAACCAACGCUAUCAACUACUAUGCUCCCCUAAUUUUCCUCAACCUGGGUAUUCCAGCAGCCCAACAAGGACUCUUUGCCACAGGCAUCUACGGCAUCGUCAAAAUGGUAGCCUGCGCAGCAUUCCUCCUACUCGCCGCCGACUCCCUCGGACGCCGUCGCUCCCUCCUCUGGACCUCCAUAGCCCAAGGCAGCGCCAUGUUCGUAAUCGGCUUCUACAUCCGUUUCGACCCGCCCAUAAAAGGCCACCCCAUCCCGCCCGUUGGCUACUUCGCCCUAACCUGCAUCUUCCUCUUCGCCGGCUUCUUCCAAUUCGGCUGGGGUCCCUGCUGCUGGAUCAUCGUCUCGGAGAUCCCGACCGCUCGUCUGAGAGCUAUGAAUGUAGCGCUUGCGGCUGCGACGCAGUGGCUCUUUAAUUUCGUCGUUGCGCAGGCCGUGCCGCAUAUGCUUACUGAUGUCGGGGCGAAUGGCUAUGGGACGUAUUUUGUUUUUGGGAGUUUUUGCUUCGCCAUGUUCUUUUUUGUGUGGUUUUUGAUUCCGGAGACUAAAGGAUUGAGUUUGGAGAAGAUGGAUGAUCUCUUUGGUGUCACUGAGCUCGUGGGGAAGAUGAUUCAUGAAGAUAAAGAAGCACACCAUAAGCCAAUGGAGAUUCACGAGAGCACUGCUACAGCCCCUGCAGCUCAUGCUACUGAUAGUCCCUCAAUCUAA